AGACCGAAGCUUUAUUGGGCUUUAACUGGGCCCAUUACGCGUAAGAUCACCUGUCUAUAAAAGCUCUACAUGCUUUCCCCAUGAGCCUCGUCCGCCAAAACCCUGGGACGGAGCAGCGCCAGAGCCAGGAGGCCAGAGGGCAGAAGAUAUGGCCGUCGGGAAGAACAAACGCAUUUCCAAAGGAAAGAAGGGAGGCAAGAAAAAAACGGUGGAUCCCUUCACGAAGAAGGAUUGGUACGACAUCAAGGCCCCAUCGGUCUUCUCCGUCAGAAAUGUCGGGAAGACGCUUGUGUCAAGGACACAAGGAACUAAGAUUGCAUCAGAGGGACUCAAACACAGAGUAUUUGAAGUUUCAUUAGCUGACCUUCAAAAUGAUGAGGACCAAGCAUACCGGAAGAUCCGGCUUCGUGCUGAGGAUGUUCAAGGCAAAAAUGUUCUAACAAACUUUUGGGGCAUGAAUUUCACUACAGACAAGCUCAGAUCCUUAGUAAGGAAGUGGCAAACUCUUAUAGAGGCACAUGUUGAUGUGAAGACCACCGAUAAUUAUACACUGCGUCUGUUUUGUAUUGCCUUCACCAAGAGACGUCCGAACCAGGUCAAGCGCACUUGCUAUGCGCAAUCCAGCCAGAUUAGACAGAUACGGCGCAAGAUGACUGAAAUUAUGGUGAAUCAGGCUUCAUCGUGUGAUCUGAAGGAUCUAGUCCAAAAGUUCAUACCUGAAGUGAUUGGGAAGGAAAUUGAGAAAGCGACAACGAGCAUAUUCCCAUUGCAAAAUGUGUUCAUUCGCAAAGUGAAAAUCUUAAAGGCCCCUAAGUUUGAUUUGGGAAAGCUCAUGGAGGUUCAUGGAGACUACAAAGAGGAUGUUGGAGUAAAGUUAGAUCGACCCGCGGAGGAUGUUCCGAUGGAAGGAGAAUCUGAAGCCAUCGCCGCCUAAAUAGUUGUUAUUUUGACCUGUUCGAUAGCCUACAAAUAUGAUAUUUUUUUGAUCAGAAGUUUCGAACAUUUCAAAUAUGCUGAUCUGUUGUCUAGUAAUUGUUUUGAACUAUUUUGUUUGUUUAUAUGUUUAUGCCCAUUGUCUUGUUGGUCUUUAUAUUUCUUGUUUGUCUUCCAACAUUUCUUGUCAUCAUUAGUGUUAACUAAAAUGUGAUGUAAUUCAUUAUUAUUA